AUGUCUUAUACAGCUGAGUUUUUGUUAUCCGAUAGAGCAAGAAAGGUGGUGAUCGAUAAUGGAAUUGUCCAACUCACUUUGUCGAAACCAAAUGGUUUAGUCAGAGGAGUGAAAUACAAUGGAAUUGAAGAUUUACUCGAAAACGAUGCUUACAAAGGGUAUUGGGAUAUCGUUUGGUCUAAGCCAGGGGGACGUGAUUCCACUGAUAUGUUGAAAGCUACAGAGUUUCGUGUUGUAACCGAAAAUGAAGACCAAGUAGAGUUAUCUUUUACUAAAUCAUGGAAUUCAUCGCAUGGUCACAACUCCGCAGUUCCUCUAAAUAUAGACAAAAGAUACAUAAUGAGGCGUGGUAGCUCAGGGUUUUACAUGUAUGCCAUAUUGGAGCGCUUAAAAGGAUGGCCUGAUGUGAACAUGAAUCAAAUUAGGAUCGUCUUCAAACUCAAAAACCAAAGGUUUCGUUAUAUAGCAAUAUCGGAUGAGAUACAAAGGUUCAUGCCAACUCCCAAAGACCGUAAAGCUGGCCAAACUCUGGCAUAUGCUGAAGCUGUUCGCUUGACCCAUACAAGCAACCCACUUUUUAGAGGAGAGGUUGAUGACAAGUAUCAGUAUGCGAUGGAGAGCAAAGAUGACAAGGUGCACGGAUGGAUAUCCCAAGACGGAGCUGUGGGAUUUUGGAUGAUUACGCCCAGUCAAGAGUUCCGUUCUGGUGGACCUAUCAAGCAAGACCUCACCGCUCAUGUUGGUCCAACCAUCCUCUCUAUGUUCACCAGUACUCACUAUACUGGGAUGGACUUGGAUACAAAAUAUCGGACUGGAGAAGGAUGGAAAAAAGUUUUUGGCCCUAUCUUUGUCUAUCUUAAUUCCAUUCCAUCUAGGAAGGAUUACAGAUCCCUUUGGGAUGAUGCUAAAAAACAGGCAAGUUCAAUGUCUAUUGAAGAGAAUCAAUGGCCAUAUAAUAAUUUAACACGUUCUGAAGAUUUUCCUUCUGCGGACCAACGAGGAACCGUUUCAGGCCAAUUAGUGAUCCGAGACCUAUUCAUGUACAAAUCAUUAAAAUCGGCGAGCUAUGCUUACAUUGGGUUGGCAGUGCCUGGAGCCGCGGGUUCAUGGCAAUUUGAUUCGAAGGGUUAUCAAUUUUGGACUCGGGCUGACAAGAAAGGAUAUUUCUCAAUAAAAAAUGUUCGAGCUGGCGAUUAUAAUCUCUAUGCUUGGGUUCCUGGAAUUAUUGGCGAUUACAAGCAUGAAGUCAACAUUUCCAUAAAACCAGGUACAGUUACAUUGGGAAAUGCAGGUAGUAAUAUCAAUCUGGGUCUCCUCAGGUAUGGUCCUCCAAGAAAUGGUCCUACCCUCUGGGAAAUAGGCAUCCCUGAUCGCUCUGCUGCCGAAUUCUUUGUGCCAGAUCCAUAUCCAACCCUCGAAAACAGAUUAUUCAACAAUCUCACAAAACAUAAGAAUGCAGGAAAGAACACUUACAAUCCAACCACUUGGCAAAUUAAAUUUGAACUAGAAAAUGUGAACCAAACUGGUCAUUACACAUUCCAAUUGGCUUUAGCAUCUGCCCAUAUAUGUGCCCUACAGGUUCGGUUCAAUGACCCAAGUGCCGGUCGUCCCCACUUUCAAACGCGGCUGAUAGGCAAGGAUAACGCAAUUGCAAGACAUAGGAUUCGUGGGCUAUACAGAUUCUAUAGCGUUGAUGUGCUAGGUCAACAUCUUCUCAAAGGACAGAACACCGUAUAUCUAACUCUAUCGAGAAUUAGAAACGCUUUCGAAGGAAUCUUAUAUGAUUACAUUCGUUUAGAGGGUCCUGCUUAG